CCGCUUCACUCCCACCUGGUUUUUUGAGAAACAGAAUAUCUUCUAAUCUUUUCUUUUUUCUGCUUUUUUUUCGGUUAUGGACUUAUCUCAGUGUAUCGUCAUCGUCGUCUGUAUAUAAAUACAAAGCUUGUGCGUCUCCGAGAUGUCUCUUCGUUUCCCUUGCUGCUCUGCUUUGGUUUGUCGUACAUCGCCGCCGAUGGAGAGGUGAAAGGAGGCGAAGCCCCGUUGCUUUUACCGGGGCGAGUGAGGAAAGAGAAGAGGGGGGUGAUAUUUACCGGUGGAGCCGGGUUUCUUUUUGAAUGGUUUUGGGUUUGGUAUGUUUAAUUAAGGAAUAAUAUAUCUUGUAAUUCCCUCUUGAUUUUCAUUUUGGUCAAAACCUUUUUGAAGGGGACCAGCAUAAACGACAUCUUAUAAAUAAGAAAUGGGUGGGUGUUGCUGCCGUCCAGCCAGAAGAACUGAAUCACAUGGACCACCUCGCUACUUCUAUUGCCCAGAGGAUUUUGAGGAGAACGAACCUUUGUCUUCCUCUCAUGAUAUACCAUCUGCAGUUCCAGUGCUUCCUGUAGUUCCUGUUCUGAAUACUUCAAUCCCUGAUUCUCGUCAAGAACCUAACGCGCUGCUGCUUCAUGAGAAUUUUGCUCUCGCACACUCUAAUACUGAAAGGGCUGAAAACUUAGUUAAAAAUGAGCGCCGGCAGCCAACCGAUACUGUACCGAUGGGAGAUGUACAGAGGGACAGGUUUGAAGGUUCUGACAAAGAGUCAGAAGUCAAGAGUGUUUCUGAAUUUGUAAGCAAUUCUCCUAAGAUUAAAGAGAAGCUUUCAAAGUUAGAAGAUUCAUUACUUCUAGUUUCAGAUGAGGAGGAUGUUUGUCCCACAUGUCUUGAAGAAUAUGACGCUGAAAAUCCACGGAUUAUUACAAAAUGCAAGCAUCAUUUUCACCUUUCUUGCAUUCUUGAAUGGUUUGAGAGGAGCAAUACCUGCGCCAUUUGUGAUAAGAUUAUGGAGGUUGAUAAUAUGGCUCUCUUUGACCAAACCUUGUAGACAUAUCUUUGUGAAAGGGAAGCACCGAUUUCAUUUUUUCUUUGCUUAAGCUAUUUUCGUUGCUGAAUCAAUCUAAACUGCAUACGUUUGAUCUCCUUCUUCAAGCUCCGACCACAACAACUUAGUGGAAUUUUUUUGAAAUUGCCUCAAGGAUUUUAAUAUAAAUGGAAGUCAAAGCACAACGUUUUAUGUUCAAAAUCAAGCCUUUUUCACAUCCCAAAAUUCUCAUUUUUUUAUCUGGUUGAUCUGAAUAUAGGUUGGAUGAAGAAAAUAUGUGAGCUCGAGUCGGUUAUCUGGGGUUUCCGUUGUCUUUUUUUGUCUAUUAUGAUUUUUUCCUUCGCAUGUACAGGUUCUCUUCUUCUUCUUCUUCUUUUCUUGUUUUUUGUGUGAUAAUUCUUCUAUACACUAUGUCUGCUAAAUCUGUAUAGCUGUAAAUUCUUACAGUGCUCGUCAUGUCUGUCAUUUGUUUGAACUUUCUUAAGAAUGAAUAAUAGAUUGGAAUAUUUUGUUUUAUUUU